AUGGAUUUUGGUGUAAUUCAGAAUCAUGAUCAAGAUGAUUCAAUGUUGACUCAUCUAUUUAUGCCAACAAGACUGCCUAAUGUGUUUGAUCGGCAAGAACAAGAUGAAGCAGAAAGUACUCUAUUUCAUUCGUUCAUUAAACAUGUAAAUGCCAGCAUGGGAAAGGGAAUCAUUUCAUCGGCUUUAAAUCAAUUCAGUGAUGAUAUUAAACAACCACCUGAUAUCAAUCAACUAACUGAAAGAAUCACACAAUCGUUUGUUGAUUCAAAAGAUAAUAAUAAUCACAAUAAUAUUCCUUUAAUCACCUACUUUAAGAAAUCAAAUUGUAUUUUAGUUAUUCAUAGACCUCCAACUAUCAACAAUAAUAAUAAUAAUAAAAAUAAUUUAAUUCAAAUUUAUCCAACACUUGAUAAAUUUAAUGUUCAAACAACAAAACUACAAAUUGCAACACCUAUUUGUUCAUUCAACAUUCAAGAUGUCAAUCAACUGUUAGAUACUGUAUUCUUAGAGUAUCUAGUUGCACUAAGAGAUACUGAUCAACCACCAAUCAUGUCAAUCGUUCAUCGUGAACAUAGUAUGAUACCAGUUCCAAACACCAUUCUCAAUUGGUUAAUUCCAUCUAUUCCUGGAUGUGAAUACAAUGAUUCAACAACAAAAUAUUCAACUCCAAUCAUUUAUAAAUCAAUUAGAACUGAAAUAUUAAGUGCAGAUAGUGCAAGUUUAUAUAAAUGGAAUGUGUUGGCAUUUAAAAUCAAUACUUUGGCCAAGUAUCAAAUCAACAGUCAAACCACACUCGAAUACAUUGCACAUAUUGCCAGAAGUUGCAACAAAUUCAAAAUCAAAUAUCAAGAGAAACAUCCAUCGAUGGUGAUUGGUUUAAUCACAGCAAUCAAAGAACGAUGUGAGACACUUUCUGACACGGUUCAUCAACAAUGGGAUUCAUUCUGUCAAGUCGUAGAGAAAGAAUCUCAAAUCAGUACACCAAUCAACAACAUUUGUAAUGGAUUGAAAGAAUAUGGAACUGAUCCAACAAACUUGGUUCAUAAAAGUCUUCAACAAAAUAUUAAAUCAUUUAUCAACAAUCUCAAAGUAAAUGUAAUGGACUUGGAUGUAAAAGACGUAAACUUAUUGACUGAAUCAGCAUCCGAUUCUUAUAUUACCAAUUUGGAGAAUUUAUCAAAACAACUUUAUCAGCUUCACACUAGAACUGCUACAAAGUUGACUUUUAUAGUCCAAGGAAUGAUAAAUAGUCUCAACUACGACAAUAAUAGCAAACCAAAUAAUGUAAAAUUGGUAAUCGUAUUAAAUAUAAUUGAAAAUAUGAUAUUCCAGAUUUGGAAAAGUCAAAUAUUCAGACACUCACUUUCAAAUGACCAACAAAAAUGCCAAGAUGUAUUCUCAUCGAUUUACAAUCUAAUGGACAUUUAUAUGAAAGUAUCAAAACCAAGAUAUGAAAAUGAUGCUAUUCUUUACAGUCGUUUUAUCUUGACAUCAUACACACUGGUCGCUAUUUUGGAUCGAUUGACAUUGGAUUAUUGUCUUUUAAUUGACAAAAAUGAGAGUCAGGAUUCAUCCCUCAGAUUGGAUUUAUACUCUUCUCUACCACCAUAUGUCAAUUUAUCAAUAUUCUCAGAUCUAUUACUCCAACACCAAUAUGAAUAUGAAAUUGUGGAAUCAUUGGAAUUUUAUUUUGAAGAUGAGCGCCAUGGUAAUACAUCAAUCGAUAAUUCAAUCUUUAGUAUUGAUGACAAUGGUUUUGGAAAGAAAUGGGCUGAACAAUUUUAUCAAGAAGAAUUACAAAAAGAAUUGGAUGAUAUCGAGAAAAAGACAAAAAACAAAAUCAAAGAGUAUAAACACUACAUAGAGACGGUUAAAGCAGAAAUCAGAGGUUACAGAACUGAGUUGCUUUCGUAUAUGGGUGAUAGUGAUGAUCACAUUGAAAAAAGAAAAAUUAUCAAUAAUUAUAUUGAAGCCUGCUUCAAUUCAACAUUAUCAAUCUACUACAAAUCAAUGCCAGAAAAAAAAGAAAAUCAAUUCAAACUCAUGUUUGAGACCCACAUCCCAUUCUACCUCUAUUAUGUUAGAAACUCGUUUUCAAUGCUUUCCAAAUAUCUUUACGCUGCAAGUAGUGGUCCAAAGAUAGAUUAUGGUUUUGCCACACUUCAAACAUGGGACCUUUCACCACCUUUAAGUAUCGUAUCAUUACUUGGAGAAAACCCACAAAAACCAUAUUCCCUCUGUAUAUUUAAAAAUAAUGAAGAUUCAUUUAUUGAUUGGAAUCCAAAGACCAUUUUGUAUUAUGGAUACAAAGACAAAAAAGCAAUUUCCGAUAUUCAAGCACCCCACAUCCAAAAAAGCUAUCUGCUCCUUUCAAUUCCACCAAAGAUUGAGUAUAGUGAACUCAAUUGGAUGAUUAAAUCAAAUCAUGGAAUAGAAGAAAAUGAUGUUCUCGCAACUCAAAACCAGACACCAAAAGGAAUGUUACCAAAUGAAUAUAUUAGAUAUGGAAUGUUAAGAGUUGGUCCAAACUUAUCGAUUAGAAAUAUGAUCAGAUAUAUGGAAGAAAGAAAUAAUCUCAAUGGAAUUCAUGUAUUGGUUAUGUUUUAUCAAUUGUCAAUGCAAUGUGGUCCUAGAAAGAAAGGUCGGUCAACAACAAGACCUUUUAGAAUUGGUUGGAAUGAUGAAAAUGUUCUUCAAACACUAUGUAAUACAAUUGAAACCGUUUUGAAUGAAAGCCAAACCAAUUGGGAAGGUAGCGUUUCAAUGCUUGUCAUCAUUUAUUGUUUAACAAUUGCAUUCAAUACAAGAGAUAAAAAACCAGACCAAAAAACUCAUGAACCAGAUGACACUGACAAAAAGAUUAUUGACGUAUUGGAGAAAUGUAGAGUGGUACUUUGGGAGUGGGUUGCCAAGUUGGAAGAACUCAUUCAACAAGAAUUAUUACAUGGAAGAGAUACCGAAACGGCAACACUUAGAAAGAGAAUGGUUUAUACAGCUAUUGCAAUCAUAAUGACAUUCAACAUUGACAAUAAUCACAAACAAUAUAUUAUUCAACACACAAACUAUUUCCAACACAUUGAUUAUUAUUUCAAAUCAUUGAUCAUAUUGGAUGAGAAUACAACCAUUUCAAGUAAUGGAACAAGAACAUUGGGAUCAUCAUGUCCAGAACAACCAUUCUUGGAUAUAAUAUUCAAUCAACUAUCAUUAAUUAUUUAUCGUCAAAUACCAUUCAUAGUUGAAUAUUUCAAAGAUGGAAAUCAUUUCAAAUGUUUAAAUAAUAUUAUUCAUAAUAAUCAAGGAGAUGAUGGAAAUGAUUUGGAAUGGGAAAAGGGAUCAAAUAAUAAUUAUUAUCAAUUCCAAAUUAACAAUGUAAUCAUUCAAUUCAAUAUAUUUGAUGGGACAUUAUUAUUCAAUGGAACUUUUGAUAGAAGAUUACCUACACAUUUAAUCAGCCACAAGCUCUAUAAAACCUUCUUUGAAUAUUCGAUUUUUGAAGUUCAUCAAUCUGGUAAUUCUAUUUGGACUACCAAUCGUCCAAUAAAUGGAUUCAAUUUUGAAUUCCAAUUUGCCUCAUCAAAAAUAGUUGGAAUUGUUCAAGUCAAAGACAAUGGUGAAAGAUGGAUGCUUCUUGAUCCUGAUUUAUUUAAGCAUUUACCUGUUACAUUGUAUUUGUGUUAUACACAUUGGGUAAAUCUGGCAACAAAUGAAAUAGAGUUUAGACCAAAAACAUUCCAACAAUACAAAGAUGGAGGAUUGGACUCAAUUAAAUUUAUUGGAACUAAAUUUGGCGAAAUUAAAUUGGAAUCAAAUGAUGAAUCACUAUUAUAUUUUGGUGAAAAUAAUCAAGCAUUAAGAGAUCAAAUAUUCAAAAUAUUCCCAUUAGAAUCAAAGUCACACUUUCAUAUUUAUGAACAAGAAGCAUCCCAACUUUAUAGAAUUCAUUUGAAUCAAUAUGGAUUGGAUUUUAUUGUUGAUUGUCAGAAUCAACAAAUCAAUUCAGUUCAAUAUUCUGGAUAUCGACUUUGUGAACAACAAUAUAUUGGAACUUUGGUUGGUUUGAAAACAAUAUUGGUUUUGGAACAAAGCAAUUUAAGUGGAACAAAGAAGGUUAUUCUUCCACAUUCACCAAUCACAUUGGAGGUGAAUGAUAAUUGUAAAGGAUUCAACAAUGCCAAAUCAAGUACAACCAGACUCAACCAUCCAUCAUAUUUUAUUUAUGAUAUUGACAGGGAACUCAAAAUGAUCAAAUCAUCAGAUUUGACAGCACAUCCCCAUCUUUGUUCCUCUCAUAUUGUAACAUCAUCAUUCCUUAGAGAUCCAUUUACUGGAUUGAGAGGAAUGGAACUUGCAAUUAUUUUAUUAAAGAAAUUCAAAAACAAUAUGCCACUCAACCAAUCACAACUCAAUAUUUUAUCACAAAUUGCAAGUGUAUCACCAACAAGAGUAUCUCAAGAUAAUAUCAAACAACAAAUAUCAAUAUCAUACCCACUACUUCCACCAAUGAUAACACAAGAUGUAUUUGUUAUUUUGGUUGAUGGAAUCAAGAAAUCACACCAAGAAAUGUCAUUUUUAUAUACACUUGUUUCUCAAAAUGACAGAAGAUCAUUCGAUUUGGCCCUAAAUCUAAUCGCUUGGAUUAGAUCCAAAAGAAUAUUCUCACCGCUUUGCCAAAUCGAUGAACCCAUUGACACACCAGGAUCUAUCAAAAUCAUUGAACCAUCUAAAUUGGAUCAAACCAAUACUAAAGUUCAAAGAUUUGCAUUGAUCAUUGAAUCCAAGAAUAUUGAUAAUUUGGACAAAUCAUUCAAUCCCUAUUCUAUGAUUGGUGGUUCGACCAUCACAGGAUUGGACGUAAAGUCAUCACAAAAUUGUGUUCCAGAAUUUCAAGAAACCAACAAUCUCAUCAAUACCAGAUACAUUGCUCGAAAACAGACACUAGGUGCAGCAUAUACAGAUUGGUAUCUAAAGUUAUUAAAGAUAGCAAUGGAAACGGUUCAUGGUGAUUAUAAUUUUUCAAGAUUUAAAUUUAUCAUAACUUUGUUUUCAUGUUUUUGGUCAGAUGAAUCUUUGGUCUCAUUUUUGGAUCAUUUGGUAUUGGUUGCAAUUUCAUAUCAUUUCACCGCUAUAAGGACAUUUCCGAGAGAAACCAGUUACCAAGACCCAAUAACAACAUAUGACGAAUCUGAAAUCGUAAAUACUAUAAGAAAUUCGUUGGACUUUACCGAAAAAACUACCUCUCAACAAGACAAUGAGGAAAGAAAAGCAGUUCUCGAUCGUAUCCUGUCCCAAAAUAUUUGGGAAAGGGAGUCAUAUGGAAUCAUUGCACCACAAGAUACCGAAUAUCAUUCGGUUACCAGCAAGCAUAUGACACAUAGUUCCAUUUUUAAUAGCAAAAUCCAAGAGAAAAUCAAUCAUUGGUACAAAAACAAAAUGUUGAAAUCAUUUUUCCAAAGGGUCAACAGAAUAGUCAAAGAUCUUGUCCAAACAUACGGCAGUAAACCCUCAAAUCUGAACAUUUUCAAUCGCUUCCCAAAAUUCCCAACACCAACAAUAUUGUCACUACAGAAUCAAUUUAAUGAACAAGAUUACAACAACAUUAAAUUGUUUGAACAGGAAAUCAGUCAAGAAUUUCAAGAUAUUUGGAAGUUUGGUUUUGAUAAACAAUUGGAAUCUAUUCUGUCAACUCUCACCUCUAAAAGUUGCAAACGAGAAAAGAUAUCAUUUGGCAAGUUGGAUAGUUUUAUUGAUGGAAUCUACCAUGAAACACAUUUGGAAGAGGAAUUAUUUGAUGAUUUAAAUAUUAGUAAAGAAUCUCUAAAGAUUCAUUUAAACCAACCAACAUUUGAAAUGAACAAAUCACAAUCACUUGGAGAGGCUUUGGAAGAGUUAUCAGUUAUUAUUCAACAAAAAUUGGAUUUGGUUUGGAAUAUAAUCGAAAUGUUUUACAACAACCCAACUAGAAAUGAAAAUGUAGAAUCUGAAUUGGAUUGUAUAUUUAAAAGUUGUCAUUCUUGGAUUGGUUGUGUUCCAUUGACUGUUUAUGAAGAUUUCUCAAAUCAUUUGGUUGAUUUACCUGAUGAGAUAUAUCAACUCAUUGGUGUUCAUAUUAUCCUUCAAACUUAUAAACAAAAGAUUCAGAAAUGCAAGACCAUUCAAGGUGUUGAUUUACUCAAAAUAUUAUCACAGAGUAGAGAGACAAGACAAUGGUUACCAAAAGAUUAUCCAACAUGGUUGGUAUUUGAAUUGGAACAAUCAAUUUGGAUCAGAGACACUCAAGCAGAGAUUGCAAUCAAGUUGAUCAAUGCUCAAAGUAAUGAAUGUGUUCAACUACAGAUGGGUGAAGGAAAGACAUCUGUUAUUCUACUCAAUCAUGUGUUUGGCAAUAUUCGAUAA